GUCGCAUAUGUCGGGCUUAGAUGUGAACGACGGUUUCGACGGCAACGACGACGGUCGGUUCGGAUGAUCUUCUCGUCGACAAUAUCUCGACGCCGGUGAGAGAGCAAAAUCUUUGACGAGAGAAAAGCCAAGCGGAGGCUAUAAUCUUCUUCCUUCCUUCUUGUAAUCUCUUCUUUUCUAGUUUUUUUUUUUCCUCUUUCCGUUCUUUCUUUACUCCCGCAAAGAACAUCUCGACUACGUAUAAUCACACGGGAUCGGGAGAAACAAAGUAAUAACGUCAUUGUCACAGGGCAAAUCCUGACGAUCCGGCAGUGUGAUCAAAGAUCAAAAUACUUUAACGAUCGAAUUAAGCGUUGCGUUGCGCUUGUUCAUCAUCAUUUCUACCUACCUCGAAUAAUAUCGCGCGUGUAUAUCUGUCGUGAAACAAAUCGUGUGUGAAAAUCGGAAAACUUUUCGACAAAAAAUCAAAAUAGAAGACCAUGGACAUAUCGUGCGAUCGUACGAUCGUCCGGCAAAUCAAGAGCCGCUACUCGAUCGCAAACAGAAAGAUAAAGCCGGAAUGCUGCACGCUGUUAUGUUAGGUAGCGGUCCAGGACGGGGGAGACGCGAGCGUUAUCCAGGAUUUUAUCUUCAACGUCGUCGUCUCGGCUACAGAAUGAAUCGCAUCGAGCAAGAGACUCUCUUUCGGCAGAGUCGGCGGAUCACCCAGAUCGUACCCGCUGUACGAGAAGACCUCGUUCUGAGCGUCCUCAAGUCGCCGAUCAACCAACAGCAGCACGAACCACAACACGACCAACGACCGCAGUAUCGACAGAGCCACUUUAACUGCCAAGGUCAUCCGAAUGAUAAGAAGUGCAAUAAUUCAGGUAACACGUACAACAACGAGAGUCUUCCAGGAAGCAAGGAACCGGCGUCUUGCCAGCCGGCGAAAAAGCGUUACAUCACCGACGCCGCUUACGCGUCGCUCCAAGGCAGCGAGGACGAGCUCGUUGCCGGGCAGAGUUUGGAGACGGAAGACACCGCGUUAAAGACACCCGGCAGCGAGACCGAGGACACGGAAGACUACGGUGCAAACGCGGACGAGACUUUGUCGCCCUCGCGCCGAUUCACCUUCCUGCGCCGUUUCCGGUCGCCGCGCUUCGGCGAGGCGCAUCACAAACGUGUGCCGACACCGAUGAAGCGGAAGUAUCGACGGAAACGAAGCAGGACCAUGAUGACAGACGAGGACAUGGUUACCUGCGACGAGGAGGAAGAUUUGGCCAGCCCCAAUACAUCCGGCCUGACCGAACCUUCCUUCGUUUGUUUACCGAGGGAUCAGAACUUCUUGGCGAAAUACACGUUGCCGCCUCAAAGGUGCAGAACUUGGCAGGAGCGAAUUUACGUGUUCCUCGAACACCCAGGCACCACUUUGUGCAUUAUCUACCAUUUAGUUGUGUUCGUGGUGGUGGUGGUGUGCUUGGUAUUUAGCGUCUUAUCAACGGUAGAAACAUACAGUGAGUUCGCAAACUCGACUCUUUUUUGGAUGGAAAUAUGUCUCGUGGUGUUCUUCGGCGUCGAGUAUUUGGUACGACUGUGGAGCGCGGGCUGCAGAUCCAAGUACUUGCGCUUUUGGGGACGGCUGCGAUUCAUACGGAAACCGAUUUGCAUCAUAGAUUUAAUCGUCGUGGUGGCGUCCAUAGUCGUUCUGUCGGUUGGAAGCAAGGGUCAGGUAUUCGCCACUUCCGCCAUCAGAGGCAUUCGAUUUUUGCAGAUCCUGCGAAUGCUUCAUGUCGAUCGUCAGGGCGGAACGUGGCGACUUCUAGGCUCGGUGGCUUACAUACAUCGUCAGGAGCUGAUUACAACCCUGUACAUUGGAUUCUUAGGCCUGAUAUUCAGCAGCUACUUUGUAUACCUCGCCGAAAAAGACAUUAAAGGACCCAAUGACAAAGUAGACUUCGCCAAUUACGCUGAUGCACUAUGGUGGGGAGUGAUCACAGUCACGACAAUUGGUUACGGCGAUGCAGUUCCGAAAACUGCUAUAGGAAAGUUAAUAGCCUCGUGCUUCAGCGUGUUUGCCAUAUCUUUCUUCGCACUUCCAGCUGGUAUUCUAGGCUCCGGGUUCGCGCUCAAGGUGCAGCAGAAACAACGUCAGAAGCAUUUCAAUCGUCAGAUACCGGCCGCCGCGAUGUUGAUACAGUGUCUGUGGAGGUGUCACGCCGCCGACAAACAUUCCAACUACGUAGCCACGUGGGACAUCCACAUCAAGGACCCGGCGCCGGCGGGGCAACCCACUACACCCCUGGGCAAGUUGAUUUGUGUAAAGAAGAUGUCUCUGAUGAUCCAGGUGUCAAAGAAGGCGAGCUUGCUGAAGAAGCGUAAGUCGCGAAGCCGAAUGGACGUCCAGCAACAACCGCAGCAGCAGCAGCAACAACAACCCCAGCAGCUGGCUCUGCCGCCUCCUCCUUCCGGCGACGUGUCGGCUGACACAACUGAGACAACCGGUCAGACCGAAAAUCAACGCAUCGAGAUCGAAGGUGACGUAGUCUUCUACAUGGAGGAGCCUAAGCCGGGUACGCCGAAUCGCACCAGACGCGACAACCGCGUGUUUCCGGUUGGCAGAAAUGUUAUCCCCGCGCACACGGGUUCGGUGACGGAAGCAACCAGCGACGAAAUUGACAUCGACAUCGAGGAAGCUCAACCGCCAAGAGUAACAACGUUGACAGAAGCACAUCGAAAUGCUAUUCGAGCUAUCAGGAAGAUCAAGUAUUUUGUGGCUCGCAGGAAGUUCCAACAGGCUAGGAAACCGUACGACGUUCGCGACGUCAUCGAGCAAUACAGCCAGGGUCAUCUGAACAUGAUGGUGCGAAUUAAGGAGUUGCAGAGACGAUUGGAUCAGACUCUGGGUAAACCGGGAAGCUAUCUGGCAGGACUCGAUCGGGCGGGCAAUAUGAAACCCAUGACGAUUGGUGCGCGAUUGUAUCGGGUGGAGCAGCAGUUGUCGGUGAUGGACAAGAAAAUAGACCAGUUGAUGUACGUGAUGAACGCGGUGAAACAGAAACAGCAAGUUCCUCUACGCAACAUUGAAAACGACAUCUAACAUAACGCCCCCGAAGAACAAGCGAAAAAUCACCCGCGGCUCCGCUUCUUCUGCCUUGUGUAACUGAAUAUAACCAAAGUAAAAAAAAAAAAAAAACAAAAAAAAAAAAGAGGAGAACACGACCACUCUGUGAAAGUUGUUAAACGGUUUUUUGGAUUACCGUUUUGUGUGUUUUUUGUUUCAAAUCUUCAAUGGGUAAGUUCCACUUGCCGUUCGCGAUAUUCGUGAGCGUUAUCAAUUUUUGUUUAACUUUUCAUGUGAAAACAAAGAUGAAAUGAUUCAAUGAGCGUUGUGAACAACAAGAACUUAUCCCAAUGUAGAUCUCACAACGAAGAGAAUGAAAUUGGAACAGAAUUUGCUUGCAAUCGUUCUCGAUUUCGCGUGAACUUUCGAAUUUAUUUGUAAUGUCGCGCGAUUUGUUUCUUCGGCCUAGCACAAACGCAUAGAUGCUCAGAUGAUACCUCCGUUUUAAGUUCGCAUAUAUAUAUAUAUAUAUAUAAAUAUUCAUCCUAUACAUCGUCUUACAAUAUUUU